AUGACUUCAAAUAAGCCGACAGCAACAGGUGGAAAGCGGAAGUCCAGUCCUCCGUUUGACGGUCCAACCAAAGUCCGUCAAAGGACUACUUUUUCUUCAUUUCAACUGGAUGAGAUGGAAAAGGCGUUCAAACGAGCUCCAUAUCCCGAUGUCUUCACCCGUGAGGAGUUGGCAUUGAGGCUCAGUCUCAGUGAGACACGAGUACAGGUUUGGUUUCAAAACCGGCGAGCCAAAUGGAGACGAGAAGGUGUGAUGAAAACGGAACAGGCUAAACCGACCGAAGAUACAAGCAAUCAAAGUGAAAUCCCAUCACCCGGCAACCCACCAGCACGUCCAGAUUCUGAUUCGUCUCCACAGCAACAAUCUCUUACGUCACCAAGCACUCCAUUGGCUAGUCCCACAUCGCCUUCCUCCUCACUGGUCUCUUCUCGAUCACCCGCUAAAUUGCCGGUGUCCAACAUGUUUUAUCCACCGAUCCACCAUUAUGUGCCACCCUACCAUUCCUAUCAGCAGGGUCCUUUCUCCAUGCCACCGAUGAAUUUCGGGGAACCUAUAUACGACAAUUAUUUUGGACCAAUUUCAAACCAUUAUCAACAAAACACUGCCAGAUACAUGGAAAUUCCCCCUCACAUGAUGUAAAUUUUUUAGAAAUCCUGCAUGUAUGGAUGUGUUAUUUUUGUACAAAUCGCAAUAUUUUGUGAGUGUACGCGAAGCGGUAACUGUAAAUAAGCAAAGGUCGGGGAAGUUGCAAUAUUUGUAGCAUAGGUAAACUAUAGGCCUACUUGAAAAUAUUUAAUUGUGUAA